GAGUUAACUGGCAGAGUAAAGUAGUCUUUCACGAAAACACCUUUUAAGAAGACGGAACCUGACAUGAGAUUAAAAAUAAAGUCGAUCAUGAAGAAUUUAACAUAUUUUGUUAAUCGCUGAAUACUUAAGUUAAUAUUACUAUCAAUACACAUAUAUAUGUUAUGUUUUUAAAUUCUACAAGCUUCUCAGCAUUACAUCACUACAAGUUACAAACAGUAACCAGCAUAUUAAAAACGCUGACAUACUCCUGACCUGCAGUCACGAUUGGUCGCUGGUUCCGGCCACUUUCAACACGGACCCAUUUCAGUGUGACACGCGUCGCUUUAUUAUACCCCGCACAAUAAACUCAAAAUAUUUCAGUGCUAAGACUAUACUAUUAAUAAAGCAGUUUAAGCUCAGCUGGAACCUAGGGUUACCUAAAAUGAAGCAGGCGUUAGUUGAUGAUACAGAAGAUGUAUCACUGGAUUUCGGGGCAGAGGACGAAGAACGGACUUUGAGGACAGUUAAAAUAAGGCAUCCUCUAGCAACCUUUUUCCACCUCAUUUUUCGAAUAAGUGCCAUUGUGACUUACCUGUUCUGUGACUGGUUCAGCAAGAGCUUCGUCACCUGCUUUAUAUUGAUAAUUACCCUCCUGUCCUUUGACUUCUGGUCAGUUAAGAAUGUAACUGGGAGGCUUCUGGUGGGGCUGCGCUGGUGGAAUCAGAUUGAUGAAGAUGGCAAAAGUCAUUGGGUGUUUGAAGCCAAGAAGAACAAGAGCACAGCGACAGAAGCAGAAGCUCGGGUUUUCUGGUUGGGUCUCAUCAUCUGCCCCAUCAUUUGGACUGGAUUCUUCUUCAGCACCCUCUUCUCUCUCAAGCUCAAGUGGCUUGCUCUGGUAAUUGCUGGCAUCUCCCUUCAGGCAGCCAACCUCUACGGUUAUAUCCGCUGCAAGGUUGGAGAAGAGACUGGGAUUCCAAGCUCAGCUUCUUUCCUUGGACAGCAGUUUCUCCAGAGGCCAGACAUCAUAUUUGGUGCUCUCUAAAGCAAGGUAAUGCUUUUGCCAUGGCUAUGCUUGUAAGUGGCAUGUGUUUGGCCAACCAACAAGCAUGUAUUUUUCAACAAUGGGAACGUCCCCAGUAUCCUCUUUUCUUUCAGGAGGCUGCCCCACACUGUCUCUGCACCAGAAGCUCUUAAGCCAGAUCUUUGAUUUAUUCUUCUCUCUUAUCUACUCGUGACGGUCUCUGGAGAAAACUGCUGCACUGAUAAUGUUAUGUCUUUUAUUUUUGAUAAUUUAACUCAACUCAUCUAACUAAAAUAAAAUCUUCACUGUCA